UACCGACUUUCGGCGAGUCUGCGUGUCGUUUCAGGGACUAAUCGGAGAGUAAUUUAGCGAAUAUGAAAUCGCACUCAGCAUGGGGUACAUCCAAGAACCUCGUCAAGUUCAGAAUUCCGACUUCGGACAACCUAGUUCCUAUACGUCUGGAUAUUGAAAUCGAUGGCCAGAGAUUUAGAGAUGCGUUCACCUGGAACCCUUCUGAUCCUGAUUCUGAAGUUGUGGUAUUUGCAAAAAGAACAGUGAAAGACUUGAAGCUUCCGCCUGCUUUUGUCACACAGAUUGCUCAAUCCAUCCAAACACAGCUAACAGAAUUUCGGUCAUAUGAAGGACAGGAUAUGUACAUUGGAGAGAGAGUUGUCCCCAUCAAGCUAGACCUUCGAGUUAACCAUACUAUCAUCAAGGACCAUUUUUUGUGGGAGUUGAACAAUUUUGAGAGUGAUCCUGAAGAAUUUGCUAGAAUUUUUUGCAAAGAUAUGGGCAUUGAAGACCCAGAAGUUGGACCUGCCAUUGCUAUUGCAAUCAGGGAGCAACUUUACGAGAUCGCUGUACAAAGUGUGACUUCUGCAAAGGAAAGCAGACUAAGCAAGAAAGGGCGACGAGCGGGUGAAAUUUUCUCUGCCAGCAAGACAGGUGGAAAUGCUGUGGACUUGGUCAAGCUGUUUGGUAACAAAUCGAGUGUCAUUCGGAAGAGAAAGGAGUGGGACGUGUACGAACCAUUUGUCGAUCUCCUAUCAAAUGAGGAGGUGGAAGCUCUUAAGGCAAGGGAAGAAAGGAAUAUUCGAUGACAAAGUUGUAAUCACUUGGGGGAUUUGACUUUGACCCUUUCCUAUCUUGUAUAUAUUUAUUUUAAGGCGGCAUCACUUGAGCAUUCUGCGUCAGAAAAUAUGUAGUUUGUUAAUCUAUUAAUUAUUUUCUUCCCUUCAAUACCCAGUUUCCUUUCUGAAAUGAAUUUAGUAUUUGUAGUUGAAUUGUGUGCUUAAUCAAGAAACAUGGCUUAUUUUAGAAAUAAAGAUCAAGAAACACGAAUCAUUCAUAUUUUAA